CUACAGAUUAUUACAUUCACAGGUAGAUAUUUUUCAAGCAAUGCAAAAGUGAUUUGCGACAAUAACAAUGGCAAACAACUUGUCUAUCAAGUUACUGAUGCUGGGCGAUUCGAGUGUGGGCAAAACGUGCCUGUUGCAACGCUUCACGGAGAAUUGCUAUACGGGCCAAUACAAGUGCACGGUGGGCUUGGAUUUGAAGGUGCACACCGUUGAGAUCGGCGGCAAUAGGGUGAAGCUGCAUAUAUAUGAUACAGCCGGUGCGGAGCGCUUCCGGUCCAUGAUGAGCUGCUAUUAUCGACACGUGGACGGCAUCAUUCUAGUAUUCGAUUUGACGAAUCGGCACAGCUAUCGGCACGUGAGCUACUGGCUCGACGAGAUUCGGAAGUAUGCCACGGGCAAUAUACACCUGAUGCUGGUGGGCAACAAGUGUGAUGAAGAUGGGCGACAGGUGUGCCAAGACGGGGCUGCCAGCUACGCCAGCAGUCUGGACAUGCCCUACAUGGAGGCAUCCGCCAUGACUGGCCAUAAUGUGGAGCGUCUGUUUUUCAAACUGGCGGUUAGCAUAUACGACGAGGUGCACAUGAAGCAACAUAAAGUGGACAAGCAAUGCCCAGAUGAUGACAAGCAUUCAGUUAUACUAAGGCGGAACUCAGGUCUACGCAAUUUUUGCUGUUGAGCUGCAUUAAUGCCUUUUAUGUUAUUUGUUUUCAAACUAAGCAACACACACACCCCUACAAAUACACACACACACACACACACACACAUAUAGUGUACACCCUCGCGCAAUCAAAUCAUCUUCCAAUUGUCGUCCGGCUGCAAUUUGUAUGAGCUUACUUUGAUGUCAUCCUCAUCAGCAAACCAUCCCGCAUCUCCCAUCCCCCAUCCCCCAUCCAAGCCGCUGACCAGGUCGUUAAAGUGGACGUCUAAGCCAAAACUCAGAGCAACAAAAUGUGGCAACUAUGUUACACUUCAGUUAACAGUUGUUUGUAUUGUACAAGUUUCAACAAUUUAUGUGCCCUAAUCUUAGAUGUAGUUGUAAUGUUAUCACAAGAAAUACAGAUUAUUUACUGAAUAACAAUACUAA